AAAAAGAGGAAAAAAUGAAAAAAAAGGGAUUAAGGUUAAGGAUUAACAGUAGAGGAAGGAGAAGAAGCACAGAAGAAGAGGGAGAAGCGAGAAAUCAAUCUCAUUGCAGAUCUAUCGAUUCAUCGUCGUCCUCCUCCUCCUUCGAUUCAGGAGCUCUGUGUUGCUGGUUCUCUUUGCUUUGUGUUUCAUGAGAUUAAGACCCCAUGGCUGGGAAAUUCGCCACUGCUAAUGGGUCUAUCUAUGUCUGCAAUUUGCCUUUUGGGACUGAUGAAGAUAUGUUGGCUGAAUAUUUUGGCACUAUUGGAGUAAUCAAGAAAGAUAAACGUACAGGGAGACCGAAAAUAUGGUUAUAUCGAGACAAAGAGACUCAUGAACCAAAGGGGGAUGCUACUGUGACGUACGAGGAUCCACAUGCUGCUUCGGCUGCUGUUGAAUGGUUUAACAACAAAGAUUUUCAUGGUAAUACAAUUGGAGUUUUUAUAGCAGAGUCCAAAAACAAAGAUGAUCAAGUAGCAGAUCCAGUUGUAGCUGUAGCUGUGCCUGUAGCUGUUGAUGUUGUUGGUGAACUAGAGGAAACUGACAGGGAUAUUAAUGGUGGUAGUGGAAGAGGUAGAGGUCAACAUGAUGCCUCAGGCAAACCCUGGCAACAAGAGGGCGAUUGGAUGUGUCCGAAUACAAGUUGCUCCAAUGUGAAUUUUGCCUUUCGCGGUGCGUGUAAUCGCUGUGGAAGUGCUCGACCUGCUGGUGCUGCUGGUGCUGGAGGGGGUGGGGGCCGUGGCAAGGGACGUGCUGGACAAGAGGCAGGUGGUAUUGGCCGUCCAGCUGGUGGAGGGCUCUUUGGUCCCAAUGACUGGCCUUGUCCAAUGUGUGGCAAUAUCAACUGGGCAAAACGGAUGAAAUGCAAUAUCUGCAAUACAAAUAAGCCUGGGCAUAAUGAGGGUGGUGUAAGAGGAGGGCGAGCUGGAGGUUACAAAGAGCUUGAUGAAGAGGAAAUUGAAGAAACUAAACGUCGUAGGCGGGAGGCUGAAGAUGAUGGGGAGCUGUAUGAUGAAUUUGGAAAUCUUAAGAAGAAAUUCCGUGCUAAAACACAGCAAGCUGAAGCUGCACGUGUGCUUCCUGGUUCAGGGCGUGCUGGUUGGGAGGUUGAGGAACUAGGGAUUGUCAGGGAUGCUAGAGAAAGAAGUAGAGACAGAGGAAGGGAACAUAAUGAUGGAGAGAACAGGAACAACAGCAGAGAGCGAGAUGAAAAGGAGAGGCAUAGCAGUCGGAACAGAGAGAGGGACAGGGGAAGAGAUCGAGACUGGGAUCAUGUUGAUCGUGAUAGAGACUAUGGGCGAGACCGGGAUCGGGAUCGGGAUCGACAUAGACACCGUUAUUAAAAAUUCUAGCACAAGUGCAUUCUGAUGUUUUGAUUACGAUGAUGAGUUGGUUCUUAUGUCUGGAUUUCAGUUGCUUAAAUUCUUAAACUUGGUGAAAAACAUCCUGCAAGCUGAUGAUUGCUGUUCAUUUUACUUGGCAUGGACCUGUUGUACAACCUAACUACCUAAGAUACUCAUGCUUUUGGUGUUUACAUUACAAGGACAUGUUCUGUUCGAGUAUGUUUCACAGCAGUUUGAAUCA